GCACCCUGCGCAAAUGGCACCAGAUGUCUCUAGCCUAAAACCGUCUGGUACUACGUCCAGGGAGGAAAAAUCGUAGUAUUUAUUUAUUAGUGUUUGAACUUCCUGACUUGACUUUUGUGUGGUAGCAUACAUUUGAGGACCUGACUAUGGGGAACGAAAGCUCACUUCCUAUGGAGAUGUGCUCCAAUUUUGAUGUCGACGAGAUCAAACGUCUGGGCAAGAGGUUCAAGAAGCUGGACUUGGAUAACUCUGGCUCCUUGAGCAUUGAUGAGUUUAUGUCACUUCCUGAGCUGCAACAGAAUCCUCUAGUCCAACGUGUCAUUGACAUCUUCGACACCGAUGGCAAUGGAGAGGUUGACUUUAAGGAGUUUAUACAGGGAGUGUCGCAGUUCAGCGUCAAGGGAGACAAGGAAUCCAAGCUGCGUUUUGCAUUCAGGAUUUACGAUAUGGACAAUGACGGCUUCAUUUCCAAUGGGGAGCUGUUCCAGGUGCUCAAGAUGAUGGUGGGCAAUAACCUGAAGGAGGCACAGCUGCAACAGAUUGUCGACAAAACCAUUCUUUUUGCUGAUAGAGACGAAGACGGCAAGAUCUCUUUUGAAGAGUUCUGUUCUGUGGUUGGAAACACAGAUAUCCACAAGAAGAUGGUGGUGGACGUCUGAUGUAGCUAAGUCACACCUGCUGAGAGUGCUUUUUUUUUUUUUACCAUUGUUUCUACAGAACCUUUUUAUCCCUUUUGGUGGCUUGUUCCCUCAUCAGCCCUGGAAGACUUUGUUGGUUAAUUUAUUUGUUCUGAAGGAAGGGAAUUACAGAGCGAACAUGACAUGAAAUAAGAAUAUAUUACAAGUAACACAUGUGGCUUUCUGGAAGGUCCUCUCGCUGGUGCCAUUACUGCUUGCUUGUACAUUAUUUACACUUACCUUGUUGAUAAAUAAAUUUACACUUUCCUAAUGUAUCUGCAGAGACUUCUUUUGUGCACCACAAAUAUAAGAAGUCAACAUUCAGCUGAUACUUCGAAAUGUCAGUAAAUCCCAUGCAUAUCUCAUUCUUUUGUUUUGUUUCCGAAGAAUGGUAGUUGCUGCAGUCACCAACAUUUGCCAUAUAAUAGCAAAUGUUAGGCUUCAGGAAACGAUAUGGAUUUUCACCUCUGUACAUCCUGUACUCACACAGUAUACAUGAAUUUGCAGCCCUCCUCCCCUCUGCCCUAGUUCUCAUAUCAUGAAUAUCAUGCAUAUCACACACUGCUGUGUCACAUUCACAAUGCAUGCUUCUUUUAGCCUUUGUGCAGUGCAGCAAUCAAUUGUGCUGCCUGCAUUAGUAGAAAAUAGUAUCUCCUUUCCUGGGCAGUUCUGGUCUAAACUGGUCACUCAAUUGUAACUAGGGUUUGUAACUGAUCUUUUACAUUACUUUCGGUAGCGGCGUAACACUUUAGCAAGCAUUACACAGUCUUCCCAACCGAAUGCUGGUGCUGCUAUAUGUAGGCACAUUUACUCAUGCGUCUAGUGUGGGAUGUAACACUGUAUGCAUGGGAUGGUCACAUAAUCCACAACAGUGUCCUCAAUAUAAAAGUAUUCUCCUCAGGGGGAUCCAGUUGAAACAAAAAAAAAUUAAUCAAGCUGCAGCUUCACAGUAUUUAAUGCUGUGGAUAUGACUACCUUUAAUUUUGUCGUUGGCUUUGGCAUUUCACAGGGGACCUUUCACAAGCCACACUGCCCGUAGAGCUAAUAUAUAUUGCUUCAAAGUUGUGUUUGGAGCACUGGUGGAUGUUUCAAUGGUUAAGUUUUGUUCGCAAGCGCUAUAUUUGCCGAGAAAUGGCAAACUUCCUUUGCUGUGUGCGCCCAGCAAGUGGUGAUUAAACAGGCCUGCCUUACAAAAGCGAACGAGCAUUGGCUAGACCCUAGCCCACAUGCAUUAUGUAUAGCUAAACAGGCUGCAGGCCAUGUUGAUCAUGCUGAAUGGUGUUACCCCUACAAAUGCUUUGUGUCAUAUGCAACUCUAGUUGUAAGCACAAGGAAGGUUGAGUUUUUAUUGGAUGUGCUCUCUAACUCAGCCUGCACACUUGAGUCACUAAAUACUUUGGCUAGGAUUUUCCUUUCUCUCUCUCUCUCUCCUGUAACUAGGUAUGUCGUUUUUACUCCAGUUUCUUUGGACAAGUACGUCAUCUAUGUCUUAUACUCAAGUCACACGGGGAGUCUCAAGUGUCAUUUAAAGCAACGGCCAUUGAACGUGUAUGUUAGCACCACCUAGUUUAUAACGUGUCAACCUCUCAAGGAGCAUUGGAUCCUUUGCUCCUUGCGAGUAUGACACGUUAUACACUGGGUGGCGCUAACGCACAUGUUCAAUGGCCGUUAGUUUAAAUUACCUUUGAGACUCCCCAUAUGACCUGGGUAUUAUGUCCCACUCUAAUAUACUUACUAACAUUUUCAAGCCAGCCUCUCUAUAAGUGCUUUAACACAUAUUCUUACAAGGUGUGGACAUUUUGAUCGAUUAAUCGGUACAUCUAAUCACUUAGAGCGUGAUGUGCUGAGUUGAAAGCAUUCUGUUUGAUUGAUUAGUCUACUGUUAUAACAAUUCAUGAGCUGUUAAAAAGUGGUGGAUGCUUGCUAAGUAAAUGGAUAUCUGUUGUAAUUCUAUGAUAAAAUGUCAUUCCCUCUCUCAGGAGUAGGGAAGAACGUUCGUUUGGCUAAAGCUACACAUUAGAAGUUAGAGUACAGUGGAAAAGUGUAUUCUUUAUAGGAGCUCAAAAAUGCCCUACUAUAUGUAUAUCUUUUUGUUUCCCAGCUGUUUAAAACUUGCUGAUAAGAUGCUAUGCGUUUGUAGACAUGAGCAUUACAAAGCUUUCAAUACAAGAUUACGAUACAACAUGUACUUCCAUUUCAUGCUUAACAUUUUAGUCAGCUUUUAGUAACUACUAAUUAGCAUUAUAUUAUAGUUAUGUUUAUAUUGUGAAAAUGACCUACUAAGGAUUUAUAGAUGUAUCCUGCCCGGCAUUUGUCAAGAAAUAUUUAAAAUUUGAUAUAUUUAAGUCUGAGGUAUUCACCUGUUUUUUUUUUUUUUUCACAAUUGUAAUCAAAUUGGGCUGCAGUAUUUGCACUUGGGCAGUUCACUAUUUGUACAGUUACAAUUACUUUUACUAGCAUCAUUUAACACAUGUAGAAGUCUGAGAAAUUAUAUUCAGUGAUAUUGUUUCGCAAAAUAAGUAUGCAUUUUCUUUUCUUUUUUGUGCACAGGCUCCUGUACCUAUGCUGUGAAAUUAUGUUACAUGUACCAAUUAAUCAACAAAAUGCUCACCCAAUAGUUUAGUUAGUUCAAGCAAACGCAAAGGCUCUAUUGUACUACAUGAGAUUGUAGCGAUACUUAUCUCUGGCUUGCAACACACAGCACCUCAUCCCUGUUAAAUGUAUCAUCUUGUUUUCACCUGAUGUGUAUGUAUUUGUAAUAUAAUGUAAGAAUGAUGAGAUAGCCAUAGCUAGAAAACUGUAAGUGUGCCACUGUAACUGUUGUAUGGGGCCGGUGAAUGCCCACAUUGAGGCUGUAACAUUUAUUGAAGAAAAGUGUACAAAAAGAGAAGUUAUCUUUUAUUCACUGAACCCUUUUAAUAUAUGUUGAAUUCACUGAUAAGCAUAUGAUGGCGGUUUCCUUAAUGUGUGCAUGUAAUGUUAGUUUGUUUUGUAUGUGAGGUGUGCAUGCAGUGAAAGUUUUGCUUUCAUGUUUAGAGGCAAACCAAACCCACAAUUUGUACACAGUGUUACACGAAUAGAAAGCACUGCACCAGUAAUUAUGGCAAAUAUGAAUUGUUUCUCAUGUUACAUUCAAGAAAGCAAUUGUCUGCUGUAAUUUCGGGCUUCAGAAGCAGUUUUAAAAUCUGUUGAAUUGCAGUUACAGUUACCUUUUAUCUUCUAAUGUCAAAUCAUGGCACAUGCUACUCACACAGCUUGCAAUGUCAGUGUGCCGCUUUCCACUGGGACAGAUGACUUGUGAGCUUGGAAGCCUUCUCAUUGGAUUGUUGUGAGUGUGAGAUGCUUCCUUUCUUGACAGUGUUUGGUAGGAUUAGAUAAAGCUACAUCAGUGUUGCCUUCAUUAAUACCAGCAGGAAUGUUAAGUUUUGAUUAUGUAACUUGUUCUUUCAUUCGAAGUUAGCCUUACGUUUGUCUCCUAACAAGGGUGGCAUUUAACUGAUGCCAGUUGUACGAUUCUCACCUGACGGUUUCUGUCCCCAUACAUGUCUUGUCUUUCAUGUUUGAGAAAUUGCACCGAACUGCGUUUAGCACACAUGAAUUUGUUUGGAGAAAACUGUGUGAAAGCUUACCAGUAUCUUCACUCCACUGAAUGAUAGCACUUAGUUGAUCUUGUUGCGAUAAAUAUCAAACAUUGCUUUCGGAUCAUCGAGAAUUAUACCAAUUUCAAAACGAAUCAGGCAUGAGGACGACUAAUGUAAAAUUAUCUCCCUGUAGACACCGAUCAAAGGCCUGCACAUUUCUUUGCUAAGGUACGGAAUCAGUUUUCGGCUUAGUUGCAAGAAAUAAAAAAAAUUUAAAAAAACUCACCCAAGUGAUGAUGGAAAGCAAAGAUGACAAAGUUGACAGGAGGACAGGUGCUAGCACUGCUCAUGAGUGCUAGACAAGUACAGUAUUGGAAGUGCAUCGUAGGAAAAACUCUGUUUGUAGGAGAUUCAGAAACUUGGUGUGCAGGCGCUAUGUUAUUAGCCCAGUCUCUGGUGGUCUAUUCGUCCAGAACCCACGCUUACAGAUGAAAAUGUGAAAAAAAAAAAACAGAUUUCAGGGGUGUUGGCAGAACUGUAGCAGAACAGUUCUAGCAGCAUAUGAUGGCGGGUUGAAGCUGAAGACGUAGAAUGCUAUAUGUCCUCUGUUCAAGAGUUUCGACAAUGUGCAUUCAGCAUGUAUUCCCCCUUUCAAGUCUAUACUAGCUAACAGUCAAAGAUAAUAUCUGCUUCAGCUGUUAGCACCAUACACAUGAUCUGUAACUUCUAAAACCCCAAAUGCAUGCACACGUAGCAGCGCUAAGCACCGAAAUAGUUUCAUGCUGACCUUGCUCUUGGCAAAGCAUUGUUUCUAUAGUAGUUUUAAGCUACCAAUAUCCACUAUUUAGCAGUGCUUCUGUAGAGUAUAGGGAAAUAUGUACUUGCCAAACAGCAGUCACAUUGAGACUAAGAAAAAAAAAAAGAAAGCUAACGUAUAAUCCACUCUACUUACACUCUGAUGCUAACUGACGCAUUUGUAGCACAUUAUAGUAGAUUAAUUAAUUAGUCCAUGGUAUUCACUCUACAAUGACCAUAUCUGUCUUAAAGCAUGCAUGACAUGCAAUAAGAGAGGCUCUGACUUCAAUGAUCUCACUAAUAUGUACAUACACACGCUGUACUGCAACUCUGCACACAAAUGAAACACCAGAGCAUGCUUGAAUUUGCCCUUGCAAGUCUACAAUACUAGGGCUUUCCUCUUGGAGGACAGUAUCUUGAUUUUAAGUGAUGUGACAUCAACAAAUUGAAGGAUUUGGAGCUAAAAAAAUGCUGUAUCGCACCGUAACACCACCACAGUGCAAUAGAUGAUUGUUGACUUUUGUGACAUUGUCACCUAUUGAGUGCCAUUUCUGCACCCAAAAGUGGCACAGCACUCGUCAUGUGUGUGGCUCAAAGCUGUCGGAUGUACCAUGAAACAGUCUGCCAAGAGGUGUAAGCAUGGCACAAACACGAAUGUGCUCUACUUGUGUUCACCGCUCUUGUGGUAGAGUAACCCUAAUGAGUAAUUUAGACACAACUUAAAGAUGAGCAUUGUUUAAGGUACUUGCACAACCAAUGUGAGCUGCACAAUUGUUAUGUCAGCACUGUUAUGCUGCCUAGCUCUUCUGCAUUUAAAGACAGCCCUGUGUUAAUGAAUCACGUAUUCAUGCAUUGCAUUUUGCACAAGUUCUUUAAUGUCUGUGUGUAAGCACACUUCAUCGUAUAAGAUUGCCUCAAGUUAUGUUUGUUUAUUUGUGCCAAUCCUUACAGAUGAAAGAGGCAUAUUGCUGCACUCUCCUGUACAUAGUUGAACAGUGUUAUUUAUGACCUGUUUAUUACAAACAGUGCCCUUCGAGUAAGAUCAGUGCGAGCCAGAAAUUGUAAGCACAUUCCCCGUUCACCGGUGGCUACCCUCAACAAUGUUGGGCUGUGUUGGCAUCCUGCUGAUUGGAAUCCUAUCAUGGCUAUAAAUAUGUCACUCCUCAGCAGUAGGAUGUGCCCAAUUGUUUUUGCCAUUGAGUAUCAGUGUAAAUUGUUCAUUAUUAAUAAAUAUUUUAACACCAGGA